UUAAUAAACAACAUUUCCUUCUCCAAUUCCUCGCUCCCCUAUCUCCACAUCUGAGCCUCCACCAAGUCCUCUCAUGGCAACGGCGCGAUUCUUCUCUCUCCCAGACUCCAUCAAACAACUAUCUGAUUCCGGCGCCCUCUCCUCCGUCCCUACCCACUAUGCCUGUCGAGAUCCCGACGCUCCCUCCGACGUCGAUCCCACCCUCGAGGGGCAAAUCCCCACGAUCGAUCUCUCCGUGCUGACCGAAGGAGAUCCCGCCCGACGCUCGCAGAUGGUGCGGCAGCUCGGCCGGGCCUGCGAGGAGUGGGGCUUCUUCGUGGUUGUGAAUCAUGGCGUGCCGGAGACGGUGAGGGAGGCGAUGCUGGCUGCCGCCCAGGGGUUCUUCGACUUGGAGGAGGAGGAGAAGGCGGAGCAUUCGGGGAAGCAUGUCAUGGAUCCCAUCAGGUACGGCACCAGCUUCAACUCGAAGGUUGACGACGUUGGCUAUUGGAGGGACUACUUCAAGAUAGUUGUGCACCCCGCGUUUCAUUCUCCGGCGAAGCCUCUCGGUUUCAGGGAGGCAUUGGGGCAGUACGCGGCUUGCACGAGGGUUGUGGGUAUGGAACUACUCAGAGGCAUGUGGGAGAGCCUGGAACUCGACGAUGGCUACAUGAAUAACGCCUUGGACCUCGACGCAUGCUUCCAGGUCUGUGUGGUCAACCUCUACCCUCCCUGUCCUCAGCCGGAGCUGGCCAUGGGUCUUCCUCCCCACUCCGACCACAGCCUUCUCACGCUCCUCCACCAGAACGGCGUCGACGGCCUGCAAGUCAAGCAUGGCAGCAAAUGGGUUCAUGUCAAGCCCCCACCCAACUCCUUCCUCGUGAACACUGGCGAUCAGAUGGAGAUUGUCACCAAUGGCAGGUACAAGAGCGUGCUGCACCGGGCCGUCAUCAAUGGCCGAAGCACGCGGAUGUCGAUCGCUACCGUGGUGGCUCCUUCGCUGGACACGGUGGUGGAACCAGUCGCCCAACUGGUGAGCCCCGAGAGGCCAGCCAUGUACAGAGGAGUGAGAUACAGGGAGUACCUCGAGCACCAACAGCGGAACAAGCUCUGGGAGAAGUCAGCCCUCGACCAUCUGAGAGUGCAAUGAUUGCUUAUUGGUCUCCGGUGAUAGAAGAUGAUGAGCAGAGUACUCUGCUCAACACCGAGUAUGUUCUUGUGUGAUGUGGUGAGAGUGGAAAUCGAUGAUGAAAAGGCUUAAGACCAUAUAUAUAUAUAUAUAUAUAUAUAUAUAUAUAUA